UGAAGUGUUUUAAAUGUGGACAUUGAUGUUGUGAAUGUGCAGGCCAGUGGCCUAACACCCUCUUGUGUCCUCUGUCUGCAGCGAUGGAGGAGUUAAUAGUUGAACUUCGUCUCUUUCUGGAGCUCUUGGACCAUGAGUACCUCACCUCGACCGUCAGGGAGAAGAAGGCCGUGAUAGCCGACAUUCUGCUGAGGCUGCAGUCGGCCAAAGGUUUUGAAGUGAAAGACCAUGCUCAGAAGCAGGAGGCCACCAGCAGCCUGCCGGCGCCCCCUCAGCUGCCUCUGCCCGAGAUCCCGCAGCCCUGGCUGCCUCCGGACAGCGGGCCUCCACCUCUGCCGACAGCCUCGCUCCCGGAAGGUUACUACGAGGAAGCCGUGCCGCUGAGUCCUGGGAAAGCGCCGGAAUACAUCACGUCAAAUUAUGACUCGGAUGCGAUGAGUAGCUCCUACGAGUCGUAUGAUGAAGAGGAGGAAGACGGGAAGGGAAAGAAGGCCCGGCACCAGUGGCCCUCUGAGGAGGCCUCCAUGGACCUGGUGAAGGAUGCCAAGAUCUGUGCCUUCCUGCUGAGAAAGAAGCGCUUUGGCCAGUGGACCAAGUUACUCUGCGUCGUCAAAGACACCAAGCUCCUGUGCUACAAGAGCUCCAAGGACCAGCAGCCCCAGAUGGAGCUGCCGCUGCAGGGCUGCACUGUCACUUACAUCCCGAAGGACAGCAAGAAGAAGAAACAUGAGCUGAAAAUCACACCGCCGGGCAGCGACCCCCUGGUCCUGGCCGUGCAGAGCCGGGAGCAGGCUGAGCAGUGGCUGAAGGUGAUCAAGGAGGCCUACAGUGGCUGCGGUGGAUCUGUGGGUUCCGAGGGCCCCCCGCCGUGCAGCUCCCCGGUGCACAAGGCUGAGCUGGAGAAGAAACUGUCGUCAGAAAGACCCAGCUCAGAUGGAGAAGGAGUUGUGGAAAAUGGAACUACAAUGUGUAAUGGGAAGGAGCCAGUGAAGAGGAAGAAAAGCUCCAAGUCAGAGGCCAAGGGAACCGUGUCUAAAGUCACUGGGAAAAAAAUCACCAAGAUCAUCGGUCUGGGGAAGAAGAAGCCAUCCACAGACGAGCAGACGUCAUCGGCUGAGGAGGACGUGCCCACCUGCGGCUACCUCAACGUCCUCUCCAAUAACCGCUGGCGCGAGCGCUGGUGCAGGGUCAAGGACAACAAGCUCGUUCUGCACAAGGACAGGGCCGACCUGAAGACUCACGUCGUCUCCAUCCCCCUGCGUGGCUGUGAGGUGAUCCCGGGCCUCGACGCCAAGCACCCACUGACCUUCCGCCUGCUCCGCAACGGCCAGGAGGUGGCCGUAUUGGAGGCAUCCUCCUCUGAAGACAUGGGCAGAUGGAUCGGGAUUCUGCUGGCUGAGACGGGCUCUUCUGCAGACCCAGGCGCCCUGCAUUACGACUACAUAGACGUGGAGGUGUCUGCGAGUGUCGUCCAGACAGCCAAGCAGACCUUCUGUUUCAUGAACAGGCGCGGGAUUUCCACUAACCCGUACCUGGGGAGCCACUCCAACGGCUACGCGCACCCGAGCGGCACGGCCCUGCACUACGACGACGUCCCCUGCAUCAACGGCUCGUGGGAACCGGACGAUGCCUUCCCCGCUUCCUGUAGCAGAGGUGUGGGAGAAGCGGUGCUUUACGAUAACGCAGGCCCCUACGAUAACUUGCCGUCUCCGAAAAUCUUUGCCCGCUCCACUGCUGCUGACAGAAAGGCCUCUAGGCUGCCUGCUGACAAGCUCUCCUCUAACCAUUACAAACGCCCAGCCUCCUGCAGCCCGCCUCCCGCCGCGUCUCUCACUAACACUUCUUCGGUGGGGAGGGCGUCGGGCGGGCCACACGCUCAGUUCAAGGUUAAAAAGCCCCCUGUGGCAUCGAGCGGGGCUCCAGGAAAAGGGAAGCCUGCAAGCAGUCAGCAAAAGAAAGCCGAAGUCACGGCCGGUGUCAAGCGGACAGCUUCAAGUGCCGACCAGUACAAAUACGGGAAGAAUCGCGUGGAGGCCGACGCCAAACGGCUCCAGGGCAAGGAGGAGGAGCUGCUGCGCAGGAAGGAGGCCCUGCGCAACAGGCUGGCCCAGCUGCGGAAAGAGAGGCGGGACCUGCGGGCUGCCAUCGAGGCCAACACUGGCAGGAAGACGCAGGUGGUCCUGGAGGAGAAGCUGAAGAAGCUGGAGGAGGAGUGCAAGCAGAAGGAGGCGGAGCGCGUGGAGCUGGAGCUGGAGCUGACUGAGCUCAAGGAGAGCCUGCGGAAGGCCCUGGCUGGCGGUGUCACACUCGGCCUGGCCAUCGAGCCCCGGUCGGGGACGUCCAGCCCGCAGUCUCCAGUGUUGCGGUCCCGGACGCUGGAAAACUCACCCAUCUCCAGCUGCGACACGAGUGAUGCCGAGGGCCCCCUGCCCGUCAACAGCGCAGCCGUCCUGAAGAAGAGCCAGCCGGCCGCAGGCAGCUCCCCCUGCCGUGGGCACGUGCUACGCAAGGCCAAGGAAUGGGAACUGAAGAACGGGACCUAAGCGGAGGCCAGCCCUCAUGGGCCCCAGGCAGAGCCUGGCCACCCGGCCCCUCGUCCGCACCGCUGCGGGAAACUGCACCAGCAUGACCUACGGCAGGACACACGAACAGCCAUGUGACUGCGUCCUGAUGCCAACUGCUGGGCCCUGGCCCACACGGACUCUCGCUCCUGUGUGAUGGUGCCCUUUAAAAAGUUUACUGAUAAGACUUUGGUCUCCAGCUCUAUUUGUGAGAGAAAAAGUACAUAUAUACAAAAAAAGGUGAAAUGGAAAAGGAGCCCUAUGGCCGGCAGCCCGCUGCCUUGGCAGCCAGUUGACUUGCUCUCCUACCAAGCCCAGCCCGGGGCCGGCCCGAGAGGGCGGCUUCAUGAGCGCGGACAGAAGCCGGGAUCAGCCCUGGCAGAGCAGGGCCUGGCUGCCCCCGCAGCCGCCAUGGCUGUGAGCGGUCAGGGCCCACCAUGCAGCCUGGGCCUCCUGCCGGGCCCUGAGCCACGUGCCUGUGGCCUGCAGGAAGGCCAGGAAGGUGCUGUGGAUGCUAAGCUGCCUUCCCCCGCUUUUCCUUUCCAACAAAUGCUUUAUCUUCAGGAUGUGAGAAGCUGCCAUUCUGUUGUAACCUACUUGAAGCUUUCUUGUCUGUCCUCUGUGAGCCCUCCACACUGCCUGCUGCUUCCACAGGGCAGCAGAGCGCCCUCCCCAGCCCUCCUCAGCCCUCCCCGGGUGCUGCAGAUGAGCGCUCUCCAGCUCCUGGCCGGGGUGGAGCCUCUGAGAGCCCCUCUCCCCACCCUAGCCUAAUGCUGACCACCCACUGACCGAGCAGAGAGGGGCAGAGGGCAGCCUCAGGCUCUGUCCUGUUGCCCACCUUCUGUGCCAUGCCUCUUGGAGAGCCCAGCCGCUUGAGCAGGAAUAGGAAACUUCUGAGGGCAGGGCUGGCUUCUGCCCCUCCCGCGUCAGGCGCCAGGGGGACCCUCAGGGUCUCGCAGUCCUGGCGAGGGACGGGGUCGGAGUUGGCCGCUGCUGGAAGCCCCUGCAGACUGGGGGCCAGUCCCAGUGUGGGCAGUGGGCUCUGCUCAAAACGUGCAGCUGUUACCCGUGCUGUAAGCACACUGCCACCACCCAGCACGUGCUUAGCACUGGUGGGACGCUCGGUGCUCCUGCGUGCCUUCCAGCCAUGGCAACAGGCACAGGCAGGGCAGAGGCGCUGUGCCCGGACGGGAGCUGCCAUGGAGACCUCAGCCCGUGGCUACGGGAGUCCCGGCAGGGAACCCAGCUCAGUGGGCAGGCAGACGCCUUCCUUGGCACUUGUACAUCACUUGAAGGCACAGGGCAGCCACGUUCUGGAAAGAAAAGACAGCUGGAGCCGCUGUGGACCCUGCCACCUGUGUCCAGGCCAUUCUGAUGGACAGGCUGCUUUACCCAUGAGCCCAUGCCAGCUUUCAGCCGCAUCUGAAGGAUGCAAGGGAAAGGGGCUAGCCUGAACUCAGCCUCAGCCCUGCUCAGUGGGCACCGCUGAGCUGGUGGGCAGAGUGCCAGUGGCACCUCAGGUGCCCCAUGACUGCAGCAUGCCACUUGGUAUGUGUGAGGCCCUGGACUGUAGCUCCUUUUCCAGCCUGAGCCUUAGUGAGGGGACAGCUGACAGAUCCGUGCUCCACGCCACAGGCCUUGACAGGCGGGCACGUGCGCACUGUGCCGCACCCUAGGGCCACCCCCGCACAUGCUUAGAUUGGGUCAGAGCCUCACCCCAAUGCUUGCUUAAGUUAUUUAUUUGUACAUGUUGAGUAAAUACUUUCUAAUUUAUGUCUGUACAGUUAGCCUCACAGAACCGCCUUGUUGUUCUCUCCCUCCCGAAUCCUGCCCACCCAGGGAGAGGGACCCCAGGCUCGAGGGCUCCAUGAGGGCACAGGGCCUGGCCACUGCUAACAGCAUGCUGACCUGGCACGAGGAAGCAGGCAGCUAGUGCUAACGUGGUCUCUGAGGCCAAAGUCACCCCCCAGACCUCAGCCUAGGCGCAGGCAUGGCCCUUGCCCCUCUGCCCACAGCAGACGGGCGCUCAGCUCUGGCUACACCAGGAAGCCCAUAGUCCUACUGCAAGGUAACUGCUAUUGGUCUGCCAGGCAUGCCAGGAGUCAGAGCUGGGCCACGCAGAUGAACAAGGCCUGGCCACACAGGCUGCCCAGGGACCACUGUCCAAUCAAACCUGUGACCUGUCCUGCCCCCGCCCCGGGGUGUACCCCGUGGUGGUGCCCAGAACCACCUGCCCCCCUCUUGUCGCCAUGUUCUAGCUGGUUCCACAUAAGCAGACCUGUCCAGCAGGCUGCCAAUGCCCCAGAUGUUGCCUGGGCACUGAGGGCCACUGCAGGGCAGAGCUGUGGCUCUGCUAGAAUGUCCCUGCAGGCCCCACGCAUGGGGCUUGUGGGCUGAGCACACCCUCGUGGUUAUGGUCCCUGCUUUCUCAGAGACGGUGUCUACUCUGGUCACCCCCCUCUGGGGGGCGGGGGAGCCCACCCAGGCCUGGGCGUGGCCUGACUCCACGCGGCUGGUGCACACAGCUGCCCCAUCUCCAGCCAGCAUACAUAGGUGCCAGCCACACUCCGGGAUGCAGUGUUGCCUUCCUGUUUGUGUGUAUUUUCCUGAAUUCAUACAGAACCGUCAUUUCGGAUUUAUGUUCCAAAGAGGGUACUUCAGUUUUGGGGUCCUGUUACUCCUCGUGCUUGCCCCCACCACUGGCGGGGUUCAUACUGUGAAAUGAGCUGAAUUUGCUACGCCCAGCUCAGCCCCGGAGGCAUGCGGGCUGAGGCAGUGGGGCUCCCAUGCCCGUGUGGGGAGGGCUGGGAGAGAGGGUGCAGGCCGCGCCUUAGGGACUGAAGGCGACCCGAGCUACAGCAGGAAAGGUGCUGUGGCUUUUGCACCGCUAAAUUACAGUUACGCAGCAUUAAUGACCAUGGCUAUGGGUUUAAGAUGUUUGCAUAUUAAGAAUGUAAUUAUUUCCUUAUUAUAUUUUAGAAAAAAAACUAAAAUCAUAUUUAAAAUUCUUUGAAACAAAGAAACAGGACAGAUUUUUUAAUUGAAUAUGUUGGUAGUACCCACGUUUAAUGAUUGUAAAUAGAUUUUCACUGUGUUUCUCAAUGUAUUUAUUCCUAAGCCAAAAAUUUUAUGAGAAGAACCAUGCAAUGAACACAUGCUAGUUUUCAGUCCGUCUGCCCCAUUUUGUAGUGGCCUCACUUGGAGCUCCUGCUUUUUCAACCACCUUUUCUACUGUGCUACCCGGCCGAAGCCACGGACAGGCGCCCUGCGGCGCAACCCACUGUGUAUUGCUAAUAAACUCGUUCUCUCCCAGCGAGGCCUGUGUGUCUGACUGACAGGGACAGGAUGGGCCCCAGGCAGCUGCCCC